GGAAAUACUGUGAUGGCUGCUUGAGCCCUCAUCACAAGGGCCUUCACAUAGUCCGAAAAACGACCGACGUGUGGCCAAAGCAUGAAAGAUGAGCUCAAAGCUUCGACUGAAGUCGCGAGGAAAUGCGGGCCUGUCGGAGCGGCAGCAAAUUGAGAUGGCCAUUGCCCUCUCGUUAAAACAACAGCAACAAAGCGAUGCACCAGCUCUGCAGGCUCCCGCGACAGCGCAGGAUGAGGCACGUGCAGACAGCCAACAGCCUCCCGCUGCCCAGGAGGCGGAACAGCCUCUCUUUGCAGAGCAGGUACGGGUGCAUACUACAGAGAAGACCACAGGGCAGACCGCGGAGCCAUCCACAAGGCAGGCCGCUCAGGAUGCCCCGGAGGGAGCUACGGGGGCCGCCGAAAACGCUCUCGCACCAGCCACAGCUGCAUCGCCAGUCACAGCCGCGCCGACAGGCCCGCUGACAGCCCCGCAGCCAGCUGUUGCCUCCAAGCCGGUGGCUGCCAAGAAGCAAACCUCAGCCGUAAAGGAGGCCCCCGCAGAAGCAGAGCCUGCGACAGCAGGUGGCCGCAGCAAGCGUGCUGCAUCACAGCGGCGCACCUACGUCCAUGAGGGCGAAGAAAGUGACGAGGACGUGGGCGCAGAGGACGACGGCGGGGACGACAGCGAGUUUGAAGGACUGGGCGCGGGAAGCAGCAGCUCAGAGGACGAGGAGGAAAGCGACGUCGACGACGAGAGCGAGGAUGAGCGGCCAAAGAAGAAGAGCAAGACGGCUGCCGCUGCGAAGAAGCCGGCCGUGAAGGCGGUGGCGAAAGGUGGCGGGGGCCGAGCAGCAAAAAGUGAUACAGCUGCAGCUGCACCAGCCGUUAGCAAGGCAGCAUCAGGCAAGGCCGCGCGUGUGGCUGGGCCCAAGGGCAAAGCCGCAGCAGGAGCGGUCCCACCAGCGGCUCCGGUGUCAGCUUUUGUCGCGAAGAAGCCAGCGCUGCCGACUGCCGUGGCGGCCAAAGCGCUCACCCCGGCCGCCGCUGUCGUCCGCGCUGUGCCCAGAGCCGCCACGAAUGCUGCUGCAGCAGCGGACGACGAGCCCACGGAGGACGAGGAGGCGUGCAAGGACGAGCAGGAGGCGGAGGAGCAGGACAACGAGAAGCUGAAGGUGCAGCGGCCCAGCUCAGCGGCGGCGUCCGCGGCACCGCAACGGCCAGUGCUGCAGCUUCCGCGGCCGGGCGGGUACGUGCGGCCGAAGCCUCUGGGCGCAGCCACGCCCAACGCAGGCGGCCUGCCCAAGCCCUCAAAUGCAGCGGCGGCCAAGCCAACUAGCAAGGUGACGCCGGGUGGGAGUGCGUCCGCGCCCUUCAAGCCGCUGGGCCUGGUGAAUCACUCCGCAACGCCCGGCGCUGCGGCCUCGGCUCCUUUCACGGCACCCACGCCCACAACCGGAGGCGGUGCCAGCGUUACCUCGGGCGGCAUCCGCCUGCCGCCGCCGCUCACCACGGGGGCAACCAUGGCAUACCGCGUGCCCGGCCUCCGGCGACCGCCCAAGAAGACUUAGUCGUGCCAAGGGGCCUGGUCGGAGAGUAGGGAUACCCGUGAAAUGCGCCUGAGAUACGGCGUGUGCAGGAAUGACGUGGAUGGGGCGCAAGGCGAGGCCUAGGCGACCACUCUCGUGGCCGAGUCGUGGGCUUGCAUGGGUAGGGCUUCCAGAAGGUCUUGUGGUAACUCACUCACUUGUGUGGU